AAUCAAGACCGAAAUUCUGGUAUCAACUCAAGAUUUCUUAGAUGGUAAUUUAUUUCCCUUUAAUAAAUAAGGAGCACCCAUUCCGCCUCUUCCAUUUAUGGACAUGUUUACAUUUCUCGGCCGAAACGAUUUCUUCCUGGUUCCAGCCAUUGCGCACUCCCCUUUAACUGGAUCUUUGCGCUGCAGAAGAAGUUCAGCGCCUGAACCACUUACGUUACCUGGCUAACUUGGAUUUCUUUGGUAAUCUGUUUAACAUCUGGAAGACAACGUCCACAUUGAGGAGAGGGGAUAGACUAGUCUUCAUUUACACCAAAGUUGCAUUCCCUGCCCUUUGGCGAGUCCUUUCACGUAUGAGCGCGAAGGAGAUUACCCGUGUGUAGUUCAACCAAACCGGUUGUGGAAUGGCGCUUUUGACUCUUCACAGAUCUCCUAAUCUCUGCACUGCAACGGAUGAGAGCGCAGCAAGGCGAGGCCGACUGCAGAAAAGAGAAAGUUUUGCUCUGGUCAAAGGGGCUUGCCUCUUGCUGGAGGACGAGCAGAGGGAGGAUGAGAGCGCGUCACCGCCUCCCCAGGGGAGCCCCAAGCUGGGGAACAAGGCCUCGGAUACCCAGCACAGACACCUCCAGGCCAUGGUCUCACUGCUACGACCAGAGGACACCAUUAAGCUGGCGGUGCAGCUGGAGUCUCUGAGCCCAGUGAGGGUGAGGUACCUGCUCGUCAUCUCCACACUCUGCAACAAAGACGAGAGUCUCCUACUGGGCAUGGACCUGCCAGACAUGAACAGUGACCAGUGCACCAUUGGCCUGGUCUUGCCCGUGUGGAGCGACACCCAAGUGUUUUUGGAUGGAGAUGGAGGUUUCAGUGUGACAACAGCUGAGGUGACGAGGAUAUUUAAGCCUGUGUCCCUGCAGACGAUGUGGUCGGUGCUGCAGGCGCUGCAUGGCUGCUGUGAGCGGGCGGUAAAGGCGGCGGUCAUCCCAGGCUGUGGGCUGGAGUGGGCCCAGCACUACCAUAGGCACGUGGAGUCCGACCAGGCCUGCCUCAACGAGUGGACCGUCAUGACCGGCCUGGAGUCCAUCAGGAAGGGCAGCGAGGGACAGAGCUCAUUGGAGAGGGAGUCCAUAGAGAAGAGAAUCAAAGCACUACUACGGGAGAUCAUGAGGACGGAGAACCUGGAGAAGAUUACCUCCAAGCAGGUCCGAACAACUCUGGAAUCUAAAAUGGAGAUGGACAUGAAGGACUACAAGGAAUUCAUCGAUAAUGAGAUGAUGGUUACUAUGGCACAGAUGGACAAACCUUCCAGAAUACUGGAGUACCUUUAUCUGGGCUCCGAGUGGAACGCAGCCAACUUUGAAGAGCUGCAGAAAAACAAUAUCGGCUACAUCUUGAACGUCACCAUGGAGAUUGACAACUUCUUCCCAGGCUCCUUCUCCUAUAUGAACAUCAGGGUGUAUGACGUUGAGUCCACCGACCUGCUGCCUCAUUGGAAGAACACCUACACCUUUAUCAACUCUGUCAGGCAAAGUGGUCAGGCGGUGCUGGUGCACUGCAAGAUGGGCGUGUCGCGCUCGGCGUCGACGGUGGUGGCCUACCUGAUGAAGCAGCAGGGCUGGAGCAUGGAAGACUCUCUGGCCCACGUCCGGGAGCGCCGGCCCAUCGUGCAGCCCAACGACGGCUUCAUGCAGCAGCUCAACACCUACAGCGGCAUCCUCAGCGCCAGUAAGCAGCGCCACAGCAAUCUCUGGAGACGAAAGUCAAGAGACUUCCGGCAGAAAUCUGUGGACAGGCCCGACGAGGGAGAGGGGGAGAGUGAGGAAGAGACGGACGAGGAUGAUGAAGAUGAAGAGGAAGACGAGCAGAGCCCAGAUGAGGACAAAGAUGAAGAAGUAUUUGUGGACAAUGCUCAAACAGCAAAGACGUUUCCAGAUACCCCUACCCCUCUUGCAGUCACUUCCAAUCCCUUGAUAACUGUACAAGACAGCGACAAGGUGUCUCCUGCUGUGAACCGGAGUGGCCGGAUGAACCUCUUCUCUCUCAUGCAGUCCAUCAGCGAACUGGAUGACGAGGGCAGUGAUAAGGAGCUCUCCGCCAUCCAGAGGAGGUCACCUGGACCGCGGAGGCGGAGCCACGGCCGAAGGUGCCUGACCCAUCAGCAGGCCCUGGUGGACGUGUCCCCCGAGCCCAGGAGCCAAUCAGGCACCAGCAAACAACAACAACAACAGGAAGGGGCUGGCUCUCACAAGACUGGGGCCAAGUGCCCGGAGAGCGGGGGAGAGAGCGCGGGUAAACAGGACAGCGCAGGAGACGGACAGAGUGAAAAGAGUGGCUGAAGACGAAAGACCACAUGGGGGAACGAGAAAAGAUGAAGUGAAGUACAAGAUGAGGGACACUAAGGGGGUUACGGACGGGAGAUGCGAGUCUUGCCAUACUUCAUUUGUUUUAUUAUCCAAAGAAAUGUCUCUACAUAUUCAUACCUAUAUUAUAUUAUAUCCCGUAUUAGUAUGAUUUAAUUUAUUUAAAAACAAAACAAGACACUCUGCCACAAACAGUACUGGACAUUGGGGUUUCAAAUGGGGCUAAAUGUGAAAAUGAUCAACCUUAUUAUGCAUCAGUUACACUGGCGUCGCCAUGCUCUCAGUUAAUUUCUGGUUGUGCAGUAAAGUCCUAGACUAUAACCGGAACUAGCAGACCACAAUUUCUGAGAUGGUACAAAAUGAUGGGCGUAGCAUAAUAAGGUGUAUAGUCUGGUACUGCACUAUUGACGAGGCUGGGGAAACAACGGUUAGUGUUUAAACCGGCUCAAACUGGUUAACUGUACACAGGGAAGUCGAAAAGUGGAGCAAAGGGGCUUAUCUGCGCCGGGCCCAGGGGUUGGGGAGGGCUUUCAGCUAAAGCUGUACAUGUACAUAACAGAUGGUGCAGUACCAGACCAACCAGCCAGGCAAAGAUAUUUUCUGCCGUUAGGUGGGUUCGUCUAGUUUCUAGUAGGCAAGGGUGAACUCACAGCGAAUAAAACGCUACGUCCUUAGUUGAAGACAUUCCACUACCAAGUUUCGGUGAUCCGUUUGGGAGCCGAGUUUUUAGAGUGCAGUCCAAGAUUUGGGUGUUUUAGUAUACUGUGGGAGUAAUUGGUUGAGGGAAGACCAAUCUUAAAUGUCAAUGCAUACCGGUCAGAAUUCUGUCAAAUGAAUAAAUGUGCAGAGUGGUGUAUUCUCACUCGACAACAUUUUUGGGAUACAACUAUGGUUGAGAAAGACCAAACAUUAAUUCAAACAAAUAAGAUAUAAGAUGGGGAAAACAAAUCUAAUAGAAAUACAUUUUUAGUGAGUUUCUAAAAUAGACUUUGGACAUACCUAACAGAUUGCCUGCUGAACAUAUAGCCAGGCUUGUCUCCUGUCUACCUAUCUACUCCUGUGCCUUAAAAGCAGGUUUGAGUAUCACUUCCGUAUUGAUGGAACACAGCAUUAGUAUUAUUCAAAGUCACGCACACUGUGCCUUUUGACUGGGCCAUGACCUGCCUCCGCAGUACACACCCUUUGAUCAGUCAGGCUGUGUAGUCGGUCAUGAGCCAGGAAAAGGUUCCAGUAGCGUCACAGAGCCUGAACCCAGUGGUGGUGCAAAAGAGGGGUUGAGCAGGGCAUUUGCCCCUGGACCCAUUGCCAUCCCAUAUUGGUGGUGGGGAUCGUAUUAUGACCUUGACAGGCUGUAUUUGGGGGCCCCAUCACUGCUUCACCCUAGGGCCCUGAGUGCAAUUGUUCUGCCACGGCCUGAUCCUGAACUUUUGUGUUGUUAGUAUUUCACUUGGGAUUGAAUGGAUAUGAGGUGUAUUUUGAAAUCUUAUUUUAUGUACUAUGACAAGCAUUUAACAUUUCUUGUGAUGGAUUUUUCCCUUUUCCUUUCUGUACUCAGGUAAUUUCAUGCUCUUUUGUUUCCUGGUUCCCUAUUCCAUGCAGUUGACUUCUGUCAGAAUGUGAAUGCAGUAUAUUACCAGAUUAAGUGGUUUUUGGGAGGUUUCUAUUUCAAAUAUUUUACAGACAUUUUUAUUCGUUUAUAUAGUAUUAUUUUACCACACUCCACACAAACGAUUAGAAUGUCAUUGGGUCAUUUACUCAUUUCCUCACAUCCAUUGCGAGUUUAAAUGGCAAUCUUAGCCAAGACUGUUUGGGUUCAUGCUGGCAAUGAUCUUUUCUCCGUUGUCCACAACUGAAACACUUGUAAACUGGUAGGCUAACUGUUUAUACCAGCAAACACAACAAAAGUUUGUAAAGGUCAAUGACUAAAAGUAGAAAAGAAACGCUUGUUUGGAUUUACAUAGAAUGCUGUAUUUUUGUGAGAUGAGAAGAAACACUUGUGAGCCAUCUCACACUUUCCUUAAAUUAGAGUCUGACGAUAAAAUAAUUAUUUGUUGAAACCUCUAUAAGCUAACAACCGGACCAAAUCAAGUAUGUGCAGUUCAAGCCUGAGACACUUUUAAAUUGUGCCAAACUUUUACUCUUGAUGGAUCUUUUUGUGUCCCCUCUGUGUGACUGUCACUACUGCAUGCUUGAGCCUGUUAAUUGCACCAUAGUGCCUUAUGAGAGUAGUCCUUCUACAGGCCUUUUUGCUUACUCUGUUCUUUACCACCCUGAUUUCAAGGUAGAGUGUCAUUUUUAGUCAUUUAUUUUCAAAUUCUAUGCUGCCCAUUCACAAAUCUUUUCACCGUGAAUAUCUACUGUGUAAUAAACUAAAUGUACAGGUCUGAAUAUGUCUAACUGGUGAUUAAAAAUGGUGGACAUGGAGACAAUCACCAAUCAAUGUAUGAAAAGUGUUCUCAGUCAUAACAAAUACCUGGAAAUUGAUGGUGGUGGUAAAAAUACAUAUAGACCAGAGGACACUUGCGAAUGAGCAGCAUACAUUCUGGAAAUAUACAGCUAAAAUGACAAUACUGUACCACACUUUAAAAGCUCUCGUGUGAAAGAAGUCAUCAGGUCAAUUGUGCAGCUGGCAGCCCAGAGUGGUAUUUUCAGAAGCCAGACAGACUUUCAUGGAUGUGUAAACAUGACAUUUUAACAUAAACAUUUUUACACGUGAUGCAAAUUAUUGACUUGCACAGAUAUUGCCUUUCCCCGGACAUUUGUCAGCAAGCUUGCUCCAAGGUUCUCUGCAUGCUGUCAAGUGCAAGCGCAGUGGUUAAGAGAAAGUGGAAGUCCACAUUUGAGUGCAAAAUAUGUGUUCAUAUUCUUGUUGUUUUGAGCAGACAGGUAGAUAGUACUGCUUAACACUAUGAUCAUUAAAUAUCCAGCACUGAACCAUAUUAAGAUCCAAAUGUUGUAUGUCAACGUGGAAGUACUUCUUUUCUGAGAAGACUUUACAUGAUGCAAGAAAAUAAUGUGUAUUCUCUCUUGUAUGUCUAUGCAUGCAUGACACGAUAAGGAAUCUAUGGUGGCUUGUUUUGUUAGAUGUGCACAUUAAACAUCACAAUAUGAUUACCUCA